GAAUCACUCAACAUUGACGCGUCCAUUCCGGUACCCCAAGACCCUCGAUCUCUGUGCCAUAGCGCGUCUAGAUGGCCUGGCUGCGAGACCAGGGUUGUUAUCGGCUCGCUCCCCGCUCUCGACUUUUGCUCGAGCCUCGACUUGAGCGGCGAGCCCCUUGCACCCCUUGGGCCGUUUCAAGCGGCCAGACAAAGGAGUCAGUGAUGCUGGUCACGCUCAAACGCAUAUGCACCGAGCCCGCGCCACAAAGACUCAAAUUCAACCUCAACCUCAACCUCAACCUCAGCCCUCGCCCAUGUUGCCUGUUGCCUUUUGUUUUCCUUUGCGCAGAUCAAUCGACAGGACAAUGCAAAAAUCAUCUGACCUUGUGUGUCCUUUCUGCGCUCCCUUGACAUCUUUCUUCGGACUUCGGCCUCCCAGAUUCCACAAACAUGUAUACAGCC